CUUCCGUCGGUCCUUCCUUCCUUCCUGCUGCGCCUACACGUUUCGCGGUAUGGGGCAGAGCCUCCGGCCGGCCAGCACCACCUGAGGAUCCGGAAGCCACCCCCGCGAUGGAAGAGGACCAGGAGCUGGAGAGGAAAGCAAUAGAAGAACUUCUUAAAGAGGCAAAACGUGGGAAAACGAGGGCAGAAACAAUGGGACCUAUGGGCUGGAUGAAGUGUCCUCUUGCUGGUACAAAUAAAAGAUUUCUAAUUAACACAAUUAAGAACACACUGCCCUCUCAUAAGGAGCAAGACCACGAACAAAAAGAGGGCAGUAAGGAGCUCGCGAGAAGCCAGAACCAGAAGGAGGCGAGCCGGCAGAAGCACAGGACGCACCCCUACGAGCAGGGUGCGCAGGCCCGGGGCGCCGCCCGCCGCUCGCCGCCGAGGAAGCGGGGCAGCCCGGAGCGCAGCGGGAAGCGGCCCGGCAAGCGGUGAGGCCUGGGCCCGCGGCUGGCGGCGCAAACACCCACACCCCAGACGGGCUUCCCGGCUGGUCCGCUGUCCUGACCGCAGAAAAUCACCCAAGACCCCGAGGGGAGAGGACAAAGGGGCCGCUCUGAAGACGUCUUGGCGAGUCUGAGCUGCUUCCGCGAUGUAACACACACGUGUACCGUUUUCCUUCUAUCCCUUUGGAAGUUGGUUUCAAAAUAAAUCCAGAACUUAGUUUCCAGAGAUUGUUCAGACUAGUUUCAGUUUUUCUAAUGUGCUGCAUUUGUGGUUAUUUCUCACAAUCUCUCUCAAAAAAAAAAAAAAAAGAAAGAAA